AUGGACGCGGAGGAUUUGAAAACUCCUGACCGGAUCUUCCACAAGUCUUCUUUCAGCAUCAGCAGCCUGUUGUGGAGAAGAGAAGAGGUGAUGGAUGACCGAGAAUGUGCGUCUCCUCCACGGAAAGUGCGCUCAUCUCACCCAGCUGGGAAGACAGGUCAAGAGGAAAACUUUGCCAAGGAGGAAAGCUGUGAAAACUCAAAGCAGCGCGCUAAAAUGGAUGUUAAAGCGGUGAAGAGAGAGGAAAAUAAGGGGGAUUCGGAUAAAAGUGAAGGAGCAGAGCAGAGCGUUAAACCCGAGAAACCUCCGUUCAGUUACAACGCGCUCAUCAUGAUGGCGAUCCGCCAGAGCCCGGAGCGGCGGCUCACGCUGAACGGCAUCUACGAGUUUAUUAUGGACAACUUCCCCUAUUACCGACAGAACAGACAAGGGUGGCAGAACUCCAUCAGGCACAACCUGAGUCUCAACAAAUGCUUCGUUAAAGUGCCGCGCCACUACGAUGACCCCGGUAAGGGCAACUACUGGAUGCUCGACCCCUGCAGUGAGGACGUCUUCAUAGGAGGCACUUCGGGGAAACUCCGGCGCAGAACGACGGCGUCGUCCCGGUCCAGACUAGGAGUAAGAAGAGGAGGGAGUCGACUGGUGUCCUCAAGCGCGGCGGCGGCCAGCGUCACUUUGGCUGCAGCCAGUUCGUUUUACUGGCCGGUGCCGCAGUUCCUGCCUCUCCAAACACCUGUGCGCGCACACUUUGGCGCAGGCGCCUACCUGAGCGCGCACCCUCGCUUCUCCAGCCACGCCGCCUCGGUCGCCUCCCAGCGGGCCCGGCUGAGCGCAGGGGCCGCAGACGCAGAGCGGCUGGUGCAGACGCACCAGAAGAUGUCUUAUAUCAGAGUCAGCUGUGCGCAAUCCCGCCGCAACCAGACUUUCUCCGCGUCCAUCCCCGCCUGCACCCUGCCGCUGUCGGACCCGUGCCCUUUUAACGUGAUCUCGGGACAAGCCAGCUAUUUUUAUUCCCACCAAAUACCCUGCGCCGCCGCGUUCAGUCCGUGUCAAGAGGAGUGCGCCACAUCCAAGACGUCGCCCGGAGAGUUUUUAUCCAAGACUGGUUACUCUGACCACGGUGGAUGCUGCUAUGACAUUCCAAAUUACUGUCCUCAAGUUAGUUCAAGCCCUCCUUCAGCUUGGAAUAUAGAAAAAUAAACUAUUGUUAAUAGUGACUUGGGCCAAAAACCCUGCUUAACUCACAUAGAGAACUUUCUUGUUCAUAAUUUCAUUGUGGGGGAUAUGAAUGAGCAGUUUUACUGUACUUAUACUAUCAUACAGUUUGUUUUCAAUGAACAAAAUAAUAGAAAACACAUAAAGUACCAACCCUUAUCAUAAGCAAACUCUUCCUCUAACACAAUCAUCUCCCAAAAGAUGCAAUAAAUAAAUAAAAAGUGGAUCAUUUUAACAGUGCAACGGACACAAUAGAUAAUUCAAAAAAACUGUAAUUAAUGACUGAUAAACUGAUCCUCUUUUUUAGAGACAAAUUUCUUAUCUAACCUGUUUUCAUUCAAUUUUUCUAGGUAUAAUGCACUCAUGAAUAAGGAAUAUUGAAGUAAUCUUUGCAUGCAUGUUCCCGUUUUAGGAUUGAUGCCAUUUGAAAAAUGAAAAAGAGAAAACAAUUGCUUGGUCUGAAGUGAUUUAUUUUAGCCAGCUUGUUUACCAACACACUUGAUGUUUAUUUUAAGGCUGCAGUAGGCAUGACAACAUUCCCAGUGGCUUUUCUUUUUAAAAAAAAUACUCUAAUUGAAUUACUCUUGUCCAAAGGCCUUAAAUAUUUCCAAAAUAUGCAUUUACCGACUGAGCCGAAAAUACAAAAUUAAAUGGCACUAAAACAGCUCAUUUGCAGCACUUAUUAUCUACAAUUUCAUUAAUGUUGCAACUAAAAAAUAUUGCAUUCCUAUUUUAAUUA